UUCAUCUGCAACGUUUUCAAGGAGGAGAAGCAGUUCACCGAGACGUCUCUAGACGGUUAUUAUAAUGCUCUCUUCUGUUGUUGCGAAAAGGCUGGUGACAGGUAUUUGCCAGGCAGCAUGGAAACCAGCAGCCACAGGCUUGGUAUCAUCUCGUAGUUACCGUGGAGAUACGGCUGAUGACACCAGGGGAGACCUGAUUGAGAUCCCUUUGCCCCCUUGGGAGGCGAGGCCUGAUGAGCCCACUGACAUCAAGAAGCGACGUCUGCUGUACGAGAGUCGCAAGAGGGGCAUGUUGGAGAACUGCAUUCUGCUCAGCCUUUUUGCCAAGCGAUACCUGAACACAAUGAAUGAGAACCAGCUGCUGCAGUAUGACCGACUGAUUAAUGAACCAAGCAAUGACUGGGACAUCUACUACUGGGCAACAGAAGCUCAGCCCACCCCUGACGUUUACCAAGGGGAGAUCAUGGAUAUGCUGAAGGAGUUCACGAAGAACCGCAACCAAGAACAGAGGUUGGAUGCACCCAGCUUGGAGUACCUGGAAAAGGAAAGCCAGUGAGGUCCUCAGCCCUUUGGACCUUCUCAGAGACUCAUUUUGGGUGGGGGCACGAGGUGAAAUAUCAGUGUCAUAACCCACCAGAUAAAAUCUUCAGAGCCCGCUGUCUUUUUAAAGUUAUUCACAGAAGAAUGAAUAAAAUAUUGUGGCAUGAAAAAUAUUUACUCUCCAUGAAAUAUUCUUGCCAAAAAAGCCUCCAUUCUGUAUUUCCUCUGCCAACUCCAGUCAGUCAUUAUAGGGGGAAGAAGAUUUAUGCAAGCUCAGGGAAGUUGGUGGAUUGUGCGAACAUUGACGCAACACAAUAUUGUCAAGGUGCUCUGAAUAUUUUACAUGAAGUGUAAUGUAAAUUUCUGAUUCAAGACUGUACAUUACAACUGAUGAAUGUGUGAGAUGCAUACUCUGAAAGAUAGAUACCAGCUAAUAAUCUGUUUCUACACCAGACAGUUAAACAGAGACAUGGACUCACACAUUAGUGUAGCUUGUUGAAUUGUCAUGGUUGUGUUCAAUAAUUUUACUUUGCCUAUAACAGAAAUUAUGGAUUAUUUAAUAAAUGUUGAUGCUUUACUGUC